UACUGUUAAACGGAGUUAAUAAGACUAUGACAUUCCUUUUGUUUUCUAUUCAGACUGUUGAAAAAAAACUGAGAAUCUUUAGUCAAUAUCCUAUUUUAAUAAAUACUGUCAUUUAAGCAUUAACUUAUCUAUUGAACAUAGUUUUCAAUAUAUCCAUUUCAAAUUGGUUUAAACCAGCUUUAGGUUUGAUAAUAAUACAAUAUAUGCAUUUUGAUGAGAUAAGGCAAGUAUUACCUUUACUAAUUUUAUGUUAUACUUUCCUUGUUUGAAAUUCUUUUAUCUAAACCAUGACACUAUUUAUUCGUUUAAAGGUGAUUUCAUAUCUAAUCUGCGUGUUAACCUUAAAAGGAACUGAUUCGAGUAAAUUAGUAUUUUUUCUUGUGGACGGAUUUCGCUGGGACUACUUUAAAAUACCAGGACUGCAGCUGAAGGGGUUUACAAGAUUGUUCGAGCAAGGGACCAAGGCAGAGUGGACCACACCAGACUUCCCAACAAACAGCCUUCCCAACUAUAAAACACUCGAGACAGGUUUACAUGUGGAGAGCCAUGGCUUUGUCGGAAACUAUAUGUACGAUGAGCAAUCUGGAAAGGAGUUCAGAUUAACGUUAGACAAUCCGGAAAGUCUACAUCUGGAAUGGUGGAAUAAAGCGGAAUCAUUCUUCAUCACUGCAGAAAAACAGGGUAUAAAGACAGCUCUCUACCAUAUCAGAGGUUGCCAGGUAGAUCACGAUGGAAUAUCUCCCACGUAUUGUCUGCCUUACCAGGACUACCCUACCAAAGAAGACGUAGAAUGGGCAAUCGACGAUGCGCUUGAUAAAAUGAAGAAUAACCAAGCUGAUGUUGCUUAUAUCUACCAUCAAGAGGUUGAUCAUAUGGGUCACCUUCAUGGGCCAAAUUCCCAGCAAGUCUUACAAGCCGUACAGGAAGUAGAUAGUCACAUUGAUAAGAUGUUAGACAGAAUUAAAUCUGACAAACAAGAAGAUAUAGAUGUCAUUGUUGUAUCAGACCAUGGAAUGGCGUCGGUUGAUCAACUUCAUGUCAUAAAUAUUACAGAGGUUUUAGAUAUGGGAAACGUAAAAGCAAUAACGGAAGGUGGAUCUCAAGCUUACAUCUGGCCUGUACAAGGAAAAGAAAAAGAUGUAUAUAAGCAGCUAAAGACAUUUCACCGUCAUCUUCAUGUAUACCUCAGGGACUAUCUACAUGACCGCUGGUUUUUCAAGAAUCACAGUUUGAUACCGCCAAUAUUUCUAACGGCGGACAAAGGCUGGUUUAUUGUUCAUCCCAACUCUUUUGACAAGUAUUCGGAAGGUAGUGGAAUCAUAUAUCAUGGUAACCAUGGCUUUGACAAUGACGACCAUGACAUGAGGUCUAUAUUCGUGGCCUAUGGACCAGGCAGUGUUCUUUGUUGUGUGAACUCGUAUUUAUCACUGUGAACUGGUUCAGUGCGGGUCACAAGAAAGAUAGGCGUCGAUCAUAAGCUACCGUCUCCAAUUAAGGAAUUUGUCUUGUUUACUUACACACUAAUCUAAAAAUGAAUCUAUUAACCUCAGCAAUUUAAAUGGACAUUUUCAUGAUAAACGAGCACAUUUAAUAUCAGAUAUGACCCGUUUUGUAAAUCGUCGGUCUAUCGUCCAUUGUUUGGUUAUUACCACAAAUCCUUGUUGGUACUAAUAAGUUUUGAUAAUGUGGCAGUUGAGUCCAAUAAGUCCAGGGGUGUUCAAAGAUAAUCCGUCACAGAUCUAUUGUAUAGCAAUUAUUGGAUUUACCUGUAUUGGAAAAAAAACAGUGUCGAUUGUAUUGAGGUCAACUGCCACAUUAUCAAAGUUUAUUAGUAGACCUGUAUUAGACUUUGUUUUGGAAAAAUGACGCAUCAGUUGAACCAUAAUAAAACAGCAUGAAAUCUGAAAAAGACAACAAAUGUUGAAAUCUUCAGACAAGACUUACUGUAAAGCUAUUUAGAUAAUAAUAUUGAUG